CCUGUCUCUCUAGGCGUCCAUGUGUUUGGGCUGUGUGCCACAGCUCUAGUAACUGAUGUGAUCCAGUUGGCCACAGGCUAUCACUCCCCCUUCUUUCUGACCGUGUGUAAGCCCAACUACACUCAGCCAGGUGUGGCAUGUGACAAAAACCCCUACAUCACCAAGGACAUCUGCUCCAGCCACGACCAGCAAGCAAUCCUCUCUGCCAGGAAAACCUUUCCCUCCCAGCAUGCAACCCUGUCUGCAUUUGCUGCUGUGUACAUAUCAAUGUACUUCAACUCAACCAUCUCAGACAGCACCAAGCUGCUAAAGCCAGUGUUGGUGUUUGCGUUUGCCAUCGCUGCGGCACUAACCGGACUGACCCAGAUCACCCAGUACCGCAGCCACCCCAUCGACGUCUACGUGGGCUUCCUCAUAGGGGCCGGCAUCGCUGCCUACCUGGCUUUCCACGCCGUUGGCAACUUCAGGUCCUCCGACGACAUCAUCAUCAAGCCAGCUCCGCCCCCCCAGAAGGAGGACGCCCUACGAGCUCUGACCCAGCGGGGCCACGAUUCAGUCUACAACAAAGGUGUAGCUUCAGCGUCGGAGAGCGCUGACGAGAUCGCUGCGCCCCCCUCCCUGGACCGGCUGGAAGGCAUGGGGCGUCCGCUGCAGCGCGAGAAAGCCUCCAUGGGCAGCCUGAAGAGGGCCAGCGUGGACGUGGAGCUCCUGGCACCCCGCAGCCCCAUGGGUCAGCAGACCAUGGUGACCUUCAGCAACACGCUGCCCAGAGCUAGCAUGAAUGCGAACGGGGGCAUGGGCACUAAUGUGGCACCCGACGAUUCCAUGAUGCAGCCCACCCAGCCUGUAAAGAGGAGGCUCAAGGCUGUGCAGGUGCCCAUGGACCCCAUGCGCUCACAGCAGCUGGUGACAGAGUGGAAGCAGAAGUCCAUGGAGAUGCGGGGUCUGAGCCUCAGAGAUGAGGCAGAGCGGGAGGCCAGUGAGGAGGGCUCCGAAGGGGAAGAGGAAGUGUCUGAGGACGGGGGGCCACUGGCCUCGUUAUACCCAUCUACGGUGCAGUCCAACAGUGGAGCUUCCACUGGCCAAAUCCCCAUAAGUGUGGGGCCUCCGGGGUGUGUGAGGGUGGUGGCAACCCCCAGACCCCCCCACAUCCCAGAGACAGGUCCGCCGCCGGUGUCGCCCAAGAGCGCAUUGACCCGCGCCAAGUGGCUGUCCAUCACGGAGAAGAGCAGUGGCAGCGGGUCGCUUCGGGGGACUCCCAACCAGCCACGCAUCAUGCAGGUGAUCGCAAUGUCCAAACAGCAGGGCCUCCUCCAGUCCUCCUCCUCGGGGGACACACCCAAGUCCUCAGAGACCACCUCCACCUCCUCCUGCACCUCCUCAACGGCCAGCGCCGACUCGCCCCACUACCGCCCGCCCUUGGAGGCCCAGCGCAAUUCGGCCAUCAUCACGGUAGACGCCCACGCCCCCCACCACCCUGUGGUGCACACUGCCCCCCAGCCCUCCUCUGGCAAUGGGAAUCCCUGGAAGUGGAGAGACGCGUCCGAUGCCAGCGACCCUCGCGACGCCUACGAGCUAAACAACCUGAACCGCAGCGCUGCUCGAGGCAGCUUCCGGCCGCACCAGACCAUCUCGCCCUGCUCCUCCACUGGUGACGGCGACCACGAAGUGCUCCCCCCUCCGCCUCUUCCUCACACCGAGGUCCUCCAUGACGGGCGAAGCCGAGAGUCCACUUUACAACGCAAGACCGCCCUAGUUCAAUUUCAAAACAAGACUGGACAGGAGAACUACUAUAAAAAACUACAGGGUGCCCGGAGGAAUAAGGAAUAGUUACUAACUAACUCUCUUACUAACUAAAUAACUAACUAACUAACUAGUUAGUCUUACUAACUAACUAACUAAUUAGCCUUACAGUCAAACCACAAAACCUUGACUGACAAGCUGGGGUCUGCUGCUAUGCAGCUCUCAGACUUUGUGUGAUGUUAUCAAACGAGUUCCGCAAUACGGUGAUAGCCUACAUGUGUAUGAUGUAUGCUAGCUGGAGGAAUACAUCUUGAGUGGAUGUGGAACUGGUGAGUGUCAUAGCAGGUCUGUGCAAAAAGGGAUGCUGAGGUAUUUCAUUUCAGGAGCACAAAGGAGCUUUUCAAAAAUGAAAAUGGGAAGAACACCACCACGCAACACAAACCAAAAAACACUUUUGAAGGAUAACGUAUUAAAGCUCCAUCUACUGAGCUGAACCAGGAAGUUUUGAAACAUUUACAACAUCUUCAUUGACUCUAUCUUCCUUUCAAUGAUUCCUGUUACUCAAUGGGCUGAUUGUCUAGUGUUGGUAUGGCAUUGACUCUAUGUUGUGGACUUUUUGUUGUUAAUACUUAAUUGCUAAUGUGUAGAUUCUGAGCAUGUAUGUCUGUGUGUUUGGGAAAGUGGGUCAGGUGCUUGUGUGUAUGGGUGUGUGUUUGUGUUGAAGAAGCACAGUAUGUUUAAGAAUAUAUAAAUUCUGCUGUAUUCAGCAGAAUGUGUAGGGGCCAAUGAUGGUGCCAAUUCUCAACAAAGUUCAGACCUUGAUCUUAACUCUAAAGCUGAAGAACAACAACAAUUUUAACCUGAACUUCUUCUGUGGUAGAAUACUGACAGGACUGAAUGAAAGUAAGUUGUGUAAAGGAGUGCUUCUCCAUAUGGAUCUUACUUUUGAGAGUGCUACUAGAGUGCCUCAUAAAGCGACUUAAAGCAUAAACCGUGUGUACUUUUUACUGGACAUGUUAUACGAGAACAAAACUACAAUAAGGAAAGUCCCAUCCGGGGAACAGUCAUUCUAUCAAAGCAAUAGCGGCAGUACGAGGCAGAAUGUGUCAAAUAGGAUAGGUAAUAUUGACGGUUUCCUUUUUGCUGAUCGUUGAAAGCUUCGAAGUGAACAUGCACACAAAUCAAUACACUCCUGUGGAUGGACUACUGCACGUUAUGUACAUGAUUGUCAGGUUGGAAGCACUACUUUGUCAGUAAACAAAAAAAAUACAUUAAAAGUUGUCAUUAGUAACAGAACUGUGAAGCACUAGUGUGGCAAAUGUUGUAUAUCUGAGGCAUGUUUGGUUCUUAAUGUCCACCAAAGCCCUCCAACUGACAAUCACAAGUUGGAUCAUCAAUUCCUCACAAAAACUUCAGUACAGUAUGCGCUGUAUUUGGGCUUCAUUCAAAGUGUUCUAGUGCUGUGCACUGAAAUACCAACAAUGCGCCAGCGAGAAUCCUUAGUUGCUACAUACAUUUUGUUGACUUGAAGAAUAUAACUUGUAAAUGUCUCAUGGACUUAGUUCAACUGUCAUACCCCAUCAGAACCCAAAAUUUAAGCUUGUUUUCUCCAAUGUUUGUAUACAACUUAAAUGUAAACAAACACUGUAUAUCAAAACAUUUGAUAU